AUGGAUUUCACCGAUAUCAUUGUGGAAGCGGAGCGCGAAGAACAAGAAUACGAUGAACAAUACCGUGCCGCCUAUGAAGCCUAUGUCGCCGCCAAUACCCCCGCCCCUCCUCCUCGACCAACUAAAUCAACUCGCCGCUACAUCCCUCGUGAUCGGGAGGGAGCCAACGGAAGGCUCGUUGCCAACUAUUUUUUCGACCAGCCGCGGUUUCCAGAAUAUUACUUUUGGCGCCGUUUUCGCAUGUUAAAACGGUUGUUUAUGCGUAUUGUCAACACAUUGUCCGCCCGUGGUGAAUACUUUCAAUCACGUAGAGACGCAGUCGGUCGGCAAAGUCUCUCGGUGUUACAAAAGUGUACUUGUGCCAUCCGACAACUUGCUACUGCGCAAACGGUUGACCUCUUCGACGAGUAUUUGCAUGUGGGUGAGUCAACUGGAAUCCUAUGCCUCAAAAAUUUUUGCGACGACAUUCGUUCUGCUUUCGGCGAUGAAUUCCUUCGGGCACCCACCACCGAAGAUUGUCAACGGUUGCUUCAUCUUCACGAAACAGUCCACCGUUUUCCCGCUGACGAAGGUCCGAGGGCGGCUAACUUUAACGACGAGGAUGACGCCGGAAGCUCAACCGCGAGGUCUCCCCCUCGCUGA